UUUGCCGCACGCCUGCGGGUAUAUAAAUCCCCCCACGCCUCUGCUUUCCGAAGCACCAGACCAGAGAGGCCGGUUGUUUAAGGGGUUUCUCCGGGUAGACGCCGAUCGAGAUGGAGGUGGAGGGUAUGAGUGGGAUCGAGAAGAAGGCGGCUGCCAUGGCGGCCGCAGAGGAGGAGGAGGUGGGGAGGAAGGCGGCGGCCGCCGGCGACGUGGGCCUGAAGGAGCUGUCCAGGAAGCUCAACGACUUCGCCAAGGAGAGGGACUGGGAGCAGUACCACAGCCCCAGAAACCUGCUGCUCGCCAUGAUCGCUGAAGUUGGGGAGCUGUCGGAGCUGUUCAUGUGGAAAGGGGAGGUGCACAAGGGCCUGGCGGACUGGGACGACGCGGAGAAGGAGCACCUCGGCGAGGAGCUCGCCGACGUGCUGCUCUACCUCGUCCGCCUCUCCGACAUCUGCGGCGUCGACCUCGGCGACGCCGCCACCAGGAAGAUCGUCAAGAACGCCGUCAAGUACCCGGCGCCGUCGAAGGAAGACGCCUGAAGAACAGCGCCGAUCGACCAUGCUCCUUUGGUGCUUUGGGGGUGGCACCAGGGUCCUGCAUGAACUGAUGCUUGAAGCAUUCCUGAUUCCUGUUUGUGAAAAUCUUGUGCGUGUUACAGAAAGC